UUUGAAAGAACCGUCAUCGGUAACGGGACUGGUAGUGGAAGGUUAAAGGCCUGCGUCAUUUGAUCGUUGAGUGAUUGAGUCGCCAGUAGGAAAUUCGCUUGGGUCGGGUACAUUUGGACCGUCUCACCAACUUCGCCCCACCAAAAUUGUCCGUCGACAGAUUUUCCGUCGCCCAAAUUCAAAAUGUGAUACGGGCCCUUCCCGUCUCGCCUUUUAACGCGCCAUUCCGAUGACAGAUCCCGCGCCGAGGUGAAAAAAAUGCGAUUGAUGCACCGGAGCAGGCGAAAGAGAGUGGAGUGCGACACGGACCUGACUUAAAAAUUUCAGGGACUUGAUUUGACAGCUAAGAUGGAAGAGGAGGACGAUUACGUCGACAUUCGCGAAAGGAUCUUCCACAACACAGUCAGGGAAUACGUCAUCUUCCUUUUGAUAUUCGUCGUACUUUUUAUCCUCGGAUGCACCAUAAUUGAUAUGCUUCGCCGAAAGGACCGUGAAGACUAUUUCUCAACCGACGACGACGAAGCGACCGUUUACAAAGUUAGUAUGUAUUUAUGCGUUUUUGCACUUUCCGUGACUAUCUGUGCUGCGUUACUUUUACCAUCGUCGAUUGCGAGCAACGAAGUACUUCUCUUGUAUCCGAAGAGCUACUAUGUCAAAUGGCUGAAUCAUUCUUUAAUUCAAGGUAUAUGGAAUUUGGUUUUUUUGUUCUCCAACGUUUCUCUGUUUGGCCUGCUUCCGUUUGCUUACUUGUUCACCGAGUCAGAAGGCCUUUCAGGAUAUCGGAGGAGUGUCAAGUCACGUAUUUAUGAAACAUGCACUGUGCUAGUUCUGCUCAUUUUUAUAGUUUUCGGUCUGACAUAUGUAAUUUCGGCGUUGCUCGAUCCAAAUGAAUCGGGCUAUUUCGCGUUCCAAAAUUUUAGUACAUAUUAUUUGCCGUUUCUAUACUCGUGCAUAUCUUUCCUGGGAGUUAUUUUACAGCUUAUUUUUACUCCUUUGGGUUUUAUAAGCCUUUUUGGAAUAGUUAGUAGGUCUUUGGUCAAACCGCAGUUCCUCCAUAACAUCAAAGAAGAAUAUUACAAAACGCUCAUGGAAGAGGAUUUGUUAAAAAGAAGAAUAAAAUUAGUGUCUAUGACUGGAAAGUCUUACAUCAAGCCAGAACCGAUGUCGCCUGCACUCCUUGAGAACGAGGAAGACGCAAGUGUACUUGGUCUCAAGAACGGUGCUUUGCAGACUGGACUGAAAGAAAGACUGGAAAGUGUCAUCCAGAGGAGAGACGUGCUACAAAAACAAAAGGCCACAUCAACAUUCAGAAGGAAUAUUAUAUAUCCAAUGGCCAUGUUGGUGCUGUUUGUUCUAACAAUCAUCACAAUAUUUUUAGUUCUUGUUAAUUCGAUUAUGCUACUGAUUGGUGUUAAAGCAUUGCCUAAAAGCACCGCUCAAUUUACUCUUGGGAUUACAUCAUUAUCCAAAUUGGGCCCAUUAGGAGCAACAAUUGAAGUUGUGGUAAUAUUUUACCUUGCGGUGACAUCCUGUGUCGGCUUAUACUCAGUCCCAUUUCUAAAAAGGUUAAGGCCGAGAAGGGCAAAAACACCACUUUCCCUCCUGAUAGCAAACUGCGCUUUGCUACUAAUUCUAAGUUCUGCCCUUCCCCUAUUAGCAAGGAUCCUAGGUAUAACAAAUUUUGACCUUCUCGGCCACUACGGUAAGAUUGUAUGGCUUGGGAAUUUUAAAAUUGUAUUCGCCUACAAUAUCCUCUUCGCCACUGUGACCGCUCUCUGCCUGUUCAACAAAUUCACGACCCCUGUCUGUAAGGAACUUUUCAACAGGUUGAGAAUUUUUGCCAUACCGAGGAUGGACUGACGGUUGCUAUACAGCUCGCACCUGUCAGCGACUUUGAAGACAUUCAGCUCCACUCUGAGCAUUUCGCAUAUGAAGAAAGAUCUGAACAGAGGUAGCCUGAGUAGAACGAUCUCCUCCUCCGAUGGGAUCCUCAUUAUCUCCAACUUGAGAGACUGGAUUUCUUCGUUUAUGUCCGAGUCCAGUCUGAAAAAUAUCUCCCUCAGGACGGAACAAACCCUUGACUUGAACAGCGAGCUGACAAGUGCUAUGUCUCCGAGGGAUGAAAUCGGCAAAUAAAGUAAUAUCUUGUCGAUCAAGUGGAGCGGGAAAUUGUCAAAAUAUGCCUCGUGAUUUACUUCCGUGUUGUCUUCAAUGCAAUCCAAUUUGAAAUCAGUUACAGACAUGUCUGGUAAUUUUUAUCUUUGUGUACACUUUGAACAAUUUUUUUUUUUUGUGGUAAAAAUCAUGUGAUUUUUGAUGGAAAAUAAAGAUUAAAACAAAUAAAUAUUGUUUUACAUAUAUAAAAAUGAAAAUCCUUCCAACUUAAUCUUUUAUCCCUGCAGCUGUAAAAUUGUGUACCACAAUUUCUUUUUAUAUUUUCUUUGGCUCAGUUGCUAGUCAUUAAAGAGAAAACUUGUUUUCUGUUACACUAUUAUACUGUUCAAACUAUCUAAUGUAAAUUUAUAAUCUUUUUUAUUUUGGGUUAGCUGAUCAUAUCUUAAUCUUUCUUUGUGUAUGGCCACGAUUUUAUUUUUAUUAUUAGAAAAAAUUAACAGUUCAGGUUAUAUAUAUAAAAUAAUAUAUAAAGAUAUCACAGGGAAAAGUCAACUUCAUGAUUUUAACUGGAAUGAAUGCACAGCUAGAGAAUAUCUUGAAGCAAACGGGGUUUGAGCCUGUCCUUCACCUUUUGUUCCAUGUUGACAUGGUUUACGAGACUUAGGUUAGUGUGGAACUUUUUGAAUUCAGUCGUAAUAAAUUCAUUGAUGGUAAGUAAGGAAGUUUAAAUCUCGAUGAAGUUGAGUUUCUCAUAUACCAUGGUGCAUCUAUUGUUUGUACGGGACACGGCUAUUCCAAUGACCCCCACCAGUCUAAAAUAAUUAUGGUUGGUGGCCAUAAUUCAUCGCGGUAUCACUGCAUUCAUUUCCCACAAAGCUAUUCAAGGUCUUUAAGGUGAAGCACCAUGCCUCCGCCUGGUCUGGUAGAUUACCUCAGUGUCUGCUAACAUAUAUGGGAGGGGAGGAGGGACUUAAAAAGGAAAUAAAAUUCAUAGUUUCAAUAAAAAAAAUUACUGCAAUCCAUAACAAUAAUUAAUGAAUAACCUGCGAUUUAUUACAAUGAAACAUAUACUACAAAUUCCUUUACAAAACUGAUUCUUUUUCCCCCUCAAAAGAUACUUUUUAGCAUAUUCAUAAGGCCCCUUAAUUUUUACAUAUUCGUUACAGUCAUAAGACAGCGUACAUAUAUAUAUAUAUAUAUAUAUAUAUAUAAAAAGAAAGAAAGAGAUUAGCCAGUUUUACAAACAAGUGAUAUCAUUUACUAGAUGUUGAAUUGACACUUUAGUUAAUCUAUUUAACAAUAUGUACACAACCACAUAAUUUUUUUGGUUGAUAUCAUAUAUAAGAAUUAUGAGAUCACUUAUUUUAGUCUAUACGAUAUUUUGGGUUUGCAUUAUUUCUAAGCCAAGGGAUUAAAAAAAAAAAAAAAAACCCUAUAAUCAUUACUGCA